CUCCCCUCUCUCACUCUCCCGAGGGGGGGGUCCCGGGGAGGGAGGGGGGGUCCCCCAUCAGCAUGUGGCUCCUGGCGCUGUGUCUGGUGGGGCUGGCGGGGGCUCAACGGGGGGGAGGGGUUCCCGGCGGCGGCGCCCCGGGCGGCCCUGGCCUGGGCCUCAGCAGCCUCGGGGAGGAGCGCUUCCCAGUGGUGAACACCGCCUACGGGCGAGUGCGCGGUGUGCGGCGUGAGCUCAACAACGAGAUCCUGGGCCCGGUUGUGCAGUUCUUGGGCGUGCCCUACGCCACACCGCCCCUGGGCGCCCGCCGCUUCCAGCCGCCUGAGGCACCAGCCUCUUGGCCCGGCGUGCGCAACGCCACCACCCUGCCGCCCGCCUGCCCGCAGAACCUGCACGGGGCGCUGCCCGCCAUCAUGCUGCCUGUGUGGUUCACCGACAACUUGGAGGCGGCCGCCACCUAUGUGCAGAACCAGAGCGAGGACUGCCUGUACCUCAAUCUCUACGUGCCCACCGAGGACGGUCCGCUCACAAAAAAACGUGACGAGGCGACGCUCAAUCCGCCAGACACAGAUAUCCGUGACUCUGGGAAGAAGCCUGUGAUGUUGUUUCUACACGGCGGCUCCUACAUGGAGGGCACCGGGAACAUGUUUGAUGGUUCAGUCCUGGCCGCUUAUGGCAACGUCAUCGUAGCUACACUCAACUACCGUCUUGGGGUGCUUGGUUUUCUCAGCACCGGAGACCAGGCUGCAAAAGGCAACUAUGGGCUCCUAGACCAGAUUCAGGCCCUGCGCUGGCUCAGCGAAAACAUUGCCCACUUUGGGGGUGACCCUGAGCGUAUCACCAUCUUCGGGUCUGGGGCAGGAGCCUCCUGUGUCAACCUUCUGAUCCUUUCUCACCAUUCGGAAGGGCUGUUCCAGAAGGCCAUUGCCCAGAGUGGCACAGCAAUUUCUAGCUGGUCAGUGAACUACCAGCCGCUCAAGUACACGCGGCUGCUGGCAGCCAAGGUAGGCUGUGACCGGGAGGACAGUGCUGAAGCUGUGGAGUGUCUGCGCCGGAAGCCUUCCCGGGAGCUGGUGGACCAAGAUGUGCAGCCCGCCCGCUACCAUAUCGCUUUUGGACCUGUGGUGGAUGGUGAUGUAGUCCCUGAUGACCCUGAGAUCCUCAUGCAGCAAGGAGAAUUCCUCAACUACGACAUGCUCAUUGGGGUCAACCAGGGAGAGGGCCUCAAGUUCGUGGAGGACUCUGCAGAGAGUGAGGACGGCGUGUCUGCCAGUGCCUUUGACUUCACUGUCUCCAACUUUGUGGACAACCUAUAUGGCUACCCAGAGGGCAAGGAUGUGCUGCGGGAGACCAUCAAGUUUAUGUACACGGACUGGGCUGACCGGGACAAUGGCGAGAUGCGACGUAAAACCCUGCUGGCUCUCUUUACUGACCACCAGUGGGUGGCACCAGCUGUGGCCACUGCCAAGCUGCAUGCCGACUACCAAUCCCCUGUCUACUUUUACACCUUCUACCACCACUGCCAGGCUGAGGGCCGGCCAGAGUGGGCGGAUGCAGCACAUGGGGAUGAGCUGCCCUAUGUCUUUGGUGUGCCCAUGGUGGGUGCCACUGACCUCUUUCCCUGCAACUUCUCCAAGAAUGAUGUCAUGCUCAGCGCCGUAGUCAUGACCUACUGGACCAACUUUGCCAAGACUGGCGACCCUAACCAGCCGGUGCCACAGGAUACCAAGUUCAUCCACACUAAGCCCAACCGUUUUGAGGAGGUGGUGUGGAGCAAGUUCAACAGCAAGGAGAAGCAGUACCUGCACAUCGGCUUGAAGCCACGUGUGCGUGACAACUACCGUGCCAACAAGGUGGCCUUCUGGCUGGAGCUCGUGCCCCACCUGCACAACCUGCACACAGAGCUCUUCACCACCACCACGCGCCUGCCUCCCUAUGCCACUCGCUGGCCACCUCGCCCACCCGCUGGUGCCCCAGGCACACGCCGGCCCCCACCGCCUGCCACCCUGCCACCUGAGCCCGAGCUUGAGCCAGGCCCAAGAGCCUAUGACCGCUUCCCUGGGGACUCACGGGACUACUCCACGGAGCUUAGUGUCACUGUGGCUGUGGGGGCCUCCCUCCUCUUUCUCAACAUCCUGGCUUUUGCUGCCCUUUACUAUAAGCGGGACCGGCGGCAGGAGCUGCGAUGCAGGCGACUUAGCCCACCUGGUGGCUCAGGCUCUGGUGUGCCUGGUGGGGGCCCCCUGCUCCCUUCCACUGGCCGAGAGCUGCCACCAGAGGAGGAGCUGGUGUCAUUGCAGCUGAAACGGGCUGGUGGUGUUGGAGCAGACCCUGCUGAAGCCCUGCGCCCUGCCUGCCCACCCGACUAUACCCUAGCCCUGCGCAGGGCACCGGACGAUGUGCCUCUCUUGGCCCCCGGGGCCCUGACCCUGCUGCCCAGUGGCCUGGGGCCACCACCACCACCACCGCCCCCCUCUCUCCAUCCCUUUGGGCCCUUCCCCCCUCCUCCCCCAACUACUACCAGCCACAACAACACGCUACCCCACCCCCACUCCACUACUCGGGUAUAGGGGGCAGCUUGGGGAGGUCUUCCUCCCCAGCCCUCCCUUGCCAGGCCACUCUGAAGGCAGGGAGGAGGACUUGGCAGUAGGCUUUUCUCCUGUGGAGUUGUCACUCAUCUUCAAGCAGCAUUAAGGUGGACAUGGGAUUCCUUACUGGGAUGUAUGUUUUUCCCAUGCAGAGAGGCUCACUCAUUCUUUUCUCUGGACCUGGGCCUUUGAAC